CCACUCCCUGUGCAGCUCCGCGUCUCACUUCCAUCAUCUGGGAAGGAUAGAUGCUUUGUCACAGAUCAUACGGGAAGACGCUCCUUGUGGCUGGGCACGAUGAGGACGGAUGCUGGCGUUGUGCGUGUAGACAAGCGUGUUUACAGCUCCUAGCUAUGGGAGCACGUUGGACAUGGAUCCCCGUAACCGCGUCGUUUUAGGUGAUUCCUUGGUUACGCCACCUUCUUUGUUUCUGCCGAUUAUUUUUCGCCGAUACUUAAAGCUUCUAAAAAAAAAGUGGGUCUGAGUGUUUUCUCGCUUUGGAAUUUCGAUGUUAUUUUAUUUUGAAUAAUUUUCUAUGUGGAUUACAAUUCAGAAUCAAAAGGGAGUAUCUGAACCAGCACUUAAAAAAAUUCAGCUGAAGGAGAGGGGUAGUGUGAAAUAAUGAUGCGCGAAAACAGAAAAGGCAGAUUAUAGUCAUAGUUUUAGGAGGAGAAGGAGACCCUCUUGGAAGGACAGAAGACAGAUUAGGGGAAUUUAUGCAUUAACACAAGAGGGACUGGAGGAGUCAAUACUCAAGAACAACAAACCAUGACAAAGUUUAACUUAAGAAUAAGGCAAACCAAGGGUGGGGGCGUAGGGUGAAUCACCUCCUCUUUUUCUUACCUCUUUUCUUAUGGGCCAACAUUUCAGUGAAGAUCAUUCUUUUUCUCCACCUGUCCGUCAUCCUUCAGUCUUGUUUCAUGAUGGAUGUGGAGUAACUUCAGGAUAAUCCGUGUCCUAUGUUCACUUUGGAUUUGAAUCCUCCUCAGACCUCUCUGAACAAGCUGACUGUCAAGCUAUCUAUCUAGCUGACCAUUCCAGUCCAGUUCCUCCUCACUAUGAGUUUUCCCACAUCUCCCGGCUCAGAAGGUCUGCCUGCUGAAGUGUGACCACAUGAGCCAAGCCGGCGCACAGCAGCGACGCACGACCUACCUCAUCUCCCUCACGCUUGUGAAGGUUGAGGCUCUGGGCAAGGAUGCGGACCAGCAGGAUGAAGCCAGGGCCCCUGGAAAAGGAGAGGGCCAUGGGGGCAGGCCUGGGGGGUCCAUGGAGGGAAGAGAUAUGCCCUCCUCUGAACGUCGCCGAGAAAGGGCCCAUGCAGAGUUGGAAGGGGAAGACGGCUUUGGCGGGGCAGAGAGAGAAAAGGACAAACUUCUCAAAGAGAGGAGGUUUGUGGUGGAGAGAGUGUCUCCAGGAGGCGGUCAUAAGACCCCAGAUCAGGGCCCUGGAGUUGACUGGCUGGAGGCCAGAGGGAGGGAAGCAGAGGUCCAGAGGGGUGCAGACAGGACCCCGGAAGCCCCACUGGGACCAGUGCCACCCUGGAGGUCUGUGGACGUGGGAUCUCAGAAUCGCACCCCAAAUAAGUGUGCCAUCCCUCUGCGACUCAGCCAGAGGCCGAUGGACCUACCAGGAGCCCAGCGUGGUGAUAGAAGCUGGCAGGAGGCCAGAGGAAGCGCCCCCGCCCUUUCCCAGGACUUGGGCAGCGAUGUGGGUAGCGCUUUGGAGGCAGUCAUGGCCUUGGGACUCAACCGGGGGUCAUGGAUGGGGACCGAAGAGAAGGCGAGAGCUCACGGUGGCAAUGUGAUGGGGGGAAGAGGGUCGUUUACACGCGAUGCCCCUCGUCCCGAAAGACUGAAGGCUGGUUCCGCCUCCCUGCCGGGCCCGGCCGGCCAGGUCAUCAAGCCCCCCCGCAAAGGUAAGAGCCGCACCCUGGACAACAGUGACCUGAACUCCUUGUCCGAGGACCUGCGGCGGGGAAAGGAGUGCCGCGCGGCUAGCGAGGCGGCGUACGGUCACCCACAGCGCGCGUCCGGCCGUGACCACAAGAUGCUGAAGUUCAUUAGCGGCAUUUUCACCAAGAGCACCACGGUCCCUACCAGCAGCACCACUAUUACCCCGCUCUAUAGCCCUUUGCAGCGGGAAUCCAGUGAAGAGGAAGCGGCUUGCACCAACAGUCAGGAAUGGACCCUGAGCCGCUCCGUCCAAGAGCUUCGUUUGGGGGUGCUUGGCAGUCUGCGCAGUGGGAAGUCAGCGCUGGUGCACUGGUACAUGACGGGCUCCUAUCUGGCUGUGGAAUCCCCGGAUGGGGGACGGUAUAAGAAGGAGGUCCUGGUUGAGGGGCAGAGCCAGCUGCUGCUGAUCAGGGAGGAGGCGGGACCACCCGACGCACAGUUCUGCAGCUGGGUGGAUGGAGUCAUCCUGGUGUUCAGCCUGGAGAACGAGAACAGUUUCCAGGAGGUUUAUCGGAACUACAGCCAGCUGAACACCCAUCGCAAUAUAGUGGAGAUCCCGUUGAUUGUGGUUGCAACGCAGGACAAGAUCAGCAGCUCCAACCCACGGGUGAUCGAGGAUGCGAGAGCCCGCCAGCUCUGCUCUGACCUGCGCCGCUGCACGUACUACGAGACAUGCGCCACCUACGGGCUUAACGUCAACCGCGUCUUCACUGAGGCUGCCCAGAAGAUAGCAGCCAUAAAAAGACAGGCCUCUUUACAAGCCGCCUGCAGAUCACUGCCUAACACCCCCAGUCACUCAGGGGACUCGACUCCGGUGUCUGGUGCCUUUCCAGGACAGGCCAGUAAUGGAGGUCAGAGCAGUGAUUACUCCUCCUCCUUGCCCUCCACCCCCGUCGGCAGCCGUAAGGACCUACGUAGCAUGGUCCCAGCGGACGGUGGGGGGAGUGCCCCCCCGGGGACACAGGGCAGCACUCCUCGGCGUCGCCGCUUCCCACACAGCAGUGAUGCAGAAAAGAAGAGUGCUGAAAGCAGGGGCGAUGUGGGGAGUGGCCGGUCAAUCCCAGUUAAACAGGGCAUAUUAUUGAAGCGCAGUGGCAACACACUGAACAAGGACUGGAAGAAGAAAUUGGUCACACUGUCCAGCAAGGGCAUUUUGUCCUACCAUUCCAGUAUCAAUGACUAUAUGCAGAACAUCCACGGCAAGGAGAUUGACUUGUUGCGAGUGACAGUGAAGGUUCCCGGCAAGCGGCCCCCUCGAGCAGUGCCGGCUGGCAGCCCUGCAUCCGGCCUCAAUGGUGUGGUGUCCAGCCCCGAUGGGGCCAGUGCAGGUCCUCAGUUUCCAAGCGGCCUUUUGACGGUAGAAGAGGGGGCAGGAGCAGAGCGGUCAUUUUCCUCACCGGGGGUCCAACGAUGCCCAUCUUCUCUGUCCAACAAAGGACAGAGUAUGGACUCGGCCUCCGAGGGGAUGAGUAGCCCUCCCUCUGCUAAAGACACGAUACCUGCCUCCCCGAACCUGAGUGACAAGAAGAAGAAGGGAGAAAGGAGGAAAAAGAGCAUGAACCAGAAAGGGGAUGUGGCAGCUGGCCAAGCUGAGGCCAAGCGCAAAAUGUGGAAACUCAAAAGCUUUGGUAGCUUGAGAAACGUUAGCAGAGCAGAUGAGGAGAAUUUCGACUUCAUCAUAGUCUCAAGCACGGGACAGACAUGGACUUUUGAGGCGCAGAGUUUAGAAGCGCGUGACUCUUGGGUCCAAGCUAUCAACAGCCAGAUCCUGGCAAGUCUGCAAUCCUGCGAGAGCGGCAAGAACAAGGCGAGAAAGAACAGCCAGAGUGAAGCAGUAGCUUUACAGGCCAUCCGGAAUGCCAAAGGCAAUGGUUUCUGCGUGGACUGUGAUGCUCCCCAUCCAACGUGGGCUAGCCUGAACCUGGGGGCACUGAUCUGCAUCGAGUGCUCAGGCAUCCACCGCAACCUGGGUACACACCUGUCGCGUGUGCGCUCCCUCGACCUGGACGACUGGCCACGCGAGCUGACGUGUGUGCUUGCCGCCAUCGGCAACCACGUGGCCAACGGCGUGUGGGAGGGCUGUACACAGGGGCGCCAGAAGCCCAUCCCUGAGUCGACACGAGAGGAGCGGGAGUCAUGGAUCCGAGCCAAGUACGAGCAGCGGGCAUUUGUCGCCCCUUUGCCUGCUCCCAGGGAGGCUGUAGGGGGCGCCAUGCCCUCCCGGCUGCUAGCCACCGUCUUAGAGCGCAAUCUGCCUCUGCUGCUUCUGCUGCUCGCUCACAGCACCAAGGAGGAGAUCAACGCCCCCCUGCCAUCCCCCCAGCCUCACUCCGCCCUCCAUGCUGCCUGCCAGCUUGCUGAUGUGGUCAUGACUCAGCUGUUGGUUUGGUAUGGCAGUGACGUGAAAGCACGGGAUUCCCAGGGCCAGACCGCCCUGACCUUGGCCCGGCAAGCGGGGAGCCAGGAGUGCGCCGACAUCCUGCUGCAGCAUGGGUGCCCCAACGAGGCUCCCCCUGCUGCUGCGACACCUGGUCUCUCCCGUAAGGUCAGCAGUGCCAGCCUGAGCCGGUCCACUUCCAGGAGAGGGUUUCUUCAUUUCAGUAGCGAUCAGUAACCCUGUACUGCAAAACGGAUCUUUCGCAGGAGCAGGAAGUUUCCUCUGUGGCAGGCACUGUUUGCACCAGUGUGUGUGUGUGUGUGUCUGUUUGUGUGCGUGUGUGUGCGUGCAUGUGUGUGUGUGUGUGUGUGUGUGUGUGUAUGCGUGUGUGUGUGGGUGUGCCCGUCUGUCAGCCACUUCCUUUCCUUUGUGCAGUAAACUUGCAGCCUUGGUCUUAGGAGGAUGACGUAAAGAACAAGGCCUCUUACGUACGACCAAGGGAACAAUGGCGUGGCAUUUUCUGAAUGCAGGAAAAGAGAAAGGACAGAUAGAAGAUAGACUUCUCACCUCCCUCCCAGUGAAGAAGCAAGGAGGGGUUUUGGCAUUUAUGCUGCCAAGACCCAAGUAAUGGGAUGGUGACCCUAACUCAGUAGUACGUCAUGUAUUUGCUGACCCCACUGAGCAAAUGGCGCUAUCCUCCGUGCAUUGAACUAUGAAUCCAGAGGCUUAUGCAGGAAAACGAAGCAGGAGCCUAUAGCAGCACGGACUUCGGAUGGAGCUCAGAUGGGACUUUUCAAAGGAUGCAAACUGCAAGUAACUGGUUCGAGUCCCUCUGGUGUCGCUGCAAAGGUAUCCACAGUGAAAUUCUCUACUCUUAUUUGUUGAUGGAUAAACUAAUGUCAAGCCUCUUCUUAUUUGAUUCUGGUCAUCAAAAAAUUUGUCUCUCAAGCGGUCAGCCUUCUUUCAUUCGCAUGUUAAAUUUUAGACAUUGUGCACUUUUAGCACCUUUCGGUAGCAGUAGAUCUGUGUGUUUGUGUGUGCCUGUGCGAGUAUGUGCGUAGACCUUUUGACAUGUGCCAGUGGAACGUACCAAAACAUGGAGGGGACCGCUUAUUAGGUGACCUGGUAAGGCAUCUCCUUCCAGGUGACAUCAUUGUGCUGGACUUGAUGUCACAUUCACAGGGAAACCCUUUUAGGAAAAGGAUGUUAUUAAGGUCUGUGGUUCUGGUGAGUAUGUAAGCAGAUUCCCUGAUGUGAUCUCAAGAUUAUUGCAAUAAUGCCAUUAUUAUAUUGAUGACAUCAGUGUAUAUGUAUAGAAUGUGUGUAAAAUGUACAAGCAGGUAAAGGAGGGAAGUAAAUAUUUGGAUUUUUUAAAAUAAUAUUUCAGAGAGAAAUCAGGGCAUUAAGGUAAUAUGAAGGAAUUUCAAUUUUUUAAACUCUCUUCCAAAAGAUUUAUUUAAUUUCCAAAAAUUAUUUUUUCUACAACAAUGAAGCUGCAUUCCCUUGUAUAAACUGUCAGUCAGAGUCGCGGUUGGAUAAUUUAGCAAUCUGAGGAUAUUGGAUCAACCCAAUUGUUGCCUGGAGAGAUCGGUGCGGAGUUUCACUUGGCGGUGAUACCGUUACAUCUGCUACUGAGUACAAACAAGUCUUUCUGCAAUGAGCUGCCUCCAUUCUGUGAUCACCCCCAAGCAAAAUACCAGAGAAUUUCAAUGAUGAGAAAGUUUCCUUGGAACUAUAAAAGAUUGCAUAGACAUAUUGACAUUACUACUACUGCUGGUGUUACUAACUGUAUGAACCAUCCUUGUAACUGUAUGUAGUGACAUUUGUAUGGAUAUCUAGGACUCAUUUAUAAGUGGUCUGGAUGAUGAGAAGCCUAUUUACACGCUUGCAUCAGUUGUGAUGGUAUAGGUCACUCUUUGUUAAUUUCCUAUUCUUUAUGUUAAUCAGUGUUCUUGAGUAUAUGUGUAUUUUUAAAACAUUUUCUCAAUUUGCCCCCCUAAACAUUUCUGCCCUGCCCCUUUCUUCCAUAAAUAUCAUUUGACGUAACCUAAGCUCACAGGGCACCUUCUGUGACAUAUUGGUCUGUGACACAUUUGUCUGCACUGCACUUAGACAAGUCCUCCAACUACCUACAAACUAACCCCUUGGGGGUCGUAGCAGUUCAUUCUCCUAAAACAUUUGAUCUUUUUCGCUGGUUUCAAAGAACUUAGACAUGCAUACAUGUGCUGUCAUCAACACACAAAAGACUUGGUGAUAAUGAGACAAAUAGCAUCGCUUUAGUCUUUGGGGACAAAACAUGCCACAUCAUAGUGAAGACAAACCGGACACAUUAUAUUGGCACCUUAUGUUUCUAUUGUGCUGUAUACACAUAAAAGCCUUUUUUCAUUUGUGAUGUACAUGGAAACUCUACUAAUAACUCCACUACGGCCUGUUUUGUGUGUGGUUUUAAUCUAAUUUAUUUUUAGGAAUUUUUUUUUUUAAAUAUAUUUUUAUGUGAAACGUAUCAGCUGUAACAAUGGCAACAGUGUAGAAUGAAAAGGAACAGAAUAAAAAUUUUAUAUGAG